AUGCCAAGAAGAGUUCAGUGGGCCAAUAAAACACAAUUUAUAUUAGCUUGCGUUGGAUAUUCAAUAGGUUUGGGAAAUAUUUGGAGAUUUCCAUAUGUUUGUUAUAAAAGCGGAGGAGGUGCAUUUUUAGUACCAUACGUAUUGGCUUUAUUCGUUUGUGGCAUACCACUCCUAUACAUGGAAUUAAUGAUCGGACAAUUAACGAAACGAGGGCCAAUAGGAGCUUUGGGAAAAUUAUGUCCUCUAUUAAAGGGAGCUGGUCUCUCUAGUGUUGUCAUUUCUUUCAUUAUGUCUACGUAUUGCAAUGUGAUAAUUGCUUACACGAUAUAUUAUUUAUUUACUUCUCUCAAUUCAAAAUUACCUUGGCAUCACUGCGAUAACCCUUGGAAUACAAUCAAUUGUUGGAUGCCUUCUCUUAGACUCGAACAAAAUAUUACCAAACCAAAUAUGUCUAGAACUCCUUCACAAGAAUUCUACGACAAUAAAGUUCUUCAAAUAACAUCCGGUUUAGAAAUACUUGGAAAAUUUCGUUGGGAAUUAGUCGCUUGUCUGAUAGUCGCAUGGAUUUUAGUUUAUUUUUCAAUUUGGAAAAGUAUUAAAUCUUCCGGAAAAGUUAUUUACAUCACGGCUACGUUACCCUAUGUAUUAAUAUUGGCAUUCCUUGUUAGAAGCGUUACAUUAGAAGGAGCCGAUGUGGGAUUAAGUUAUUUAUUUAAUCCCCAAUGGGAACUUUUAGGGGAUGCCAAAGUUUGGGUAAAUGCUGCUGGACAAGUUUUCAACUCCAUCGGUUUAGCCUUCGGUUCGAUUAUAUCAUUUUCCAGUUAUAAAAAACCAAACGACAGGAUAUUAAUCGACACUAUAACAGUUUCUUGCAUCAAUGCAGGAACGAGUUUAUUGGUUGGAAUAUUUGCUUUUGCUAUUAUAGGAAAUAUAGCAACAGAACAUAGGACUUCAGUUCAUGACGUCAUAACCGAUGGUCCAGGUCUGGUGUUUGUCGUUUAUCCGGAAGCAAUGGCUAAAAUGCCUGCUUCACAACUUUGGGCGAUUUUAUUCUUUACUAUGUUGUUUUGUGUAGGUUUAAAUAGUCAAUUUGCAAUCGUUGAAGUAGUUGUCACGGCAAUACAAGAUGGUUUUCCCAAUUGGAUAAGAAGAAAUUUUGGAGGCCAUGAAGUUUUAGUUUUAGCCGUUUGUUUUGUAUCCUUCGUCUUAGGACUUCCAAAUGUGUUUCAAGGAGGAAUAUUUUUUUUUCAAUUAAUCGAUCAUUAUGCUGCAUCUAUAUCGAUAAUGUAUUUAUCAUUUUUUGAACUCAUUGCUUUUGCAUGGUUUUACGGUUAUCGAAGAUUAAAAAAUAAUUUAAAAGAAAUGACGGGAGAAACUCCAUCAUUAUAUUUUAAAUUUUGUUGGUGUAUAGCUGCUCCGGCUUUUUUAAUGGAAUGGAGAAUACAGGUAUCCACCGUGGGCAGAAGGUUUAGGUUGGGGAAUCGCAUCCAUGUCUUUAGUUUGCAUACCAGUUUAUUCAAUUUACGUUUAUUUUUCGGCAGAAGGGAAAAAUUUUAA